GUCAGUCAGUCAGUCAGCCAGUCGGUGAGCCGUCCGUGCGUUCCAUCGACCGUGCGCCGUUGUCGUCGUCCGUUGCGUGUCCGUAUCGCGGUAAAUUUGGCCGCGCGUUUACAAAAAAAAAAAAAAAAAACAAUAUUUUUUUUCUCUCCAAAUUUACCACGACAAAACAAAUAAUUUAACGUUAUAAUAGUCGUCGUCGGGUUUUCUCUGUAAAACGAUACCUAUUUUAUUUUUCUACAUAUUACUCUGCGUGUAGUCUAAACGGAUUGCACGUGCCCGCGUAUUUCGUUAUAAAAAAAAAAAACGCAUAUAUAGAUAUAUAUUUUUUUUUCGAAUGUUGCCGUUCCGCCUUGUAUAACCCGACGCGAUAACGGUACACCGGAGCCCGCCCGGGCUCAAUGCCCUCGUGCCUAGACCACCGUCGCCGACUCUGAGAGCCUUGCACAACAUCAUAAUAUUACAGCGGACAUGACCAGCAGCAACAGCACCGCGGACGACGAGGACAGCCGCAGCCGGUAGUAAUAACCCUUUCCGGUUUUCGGGGUUGUUUUUCUUCUUCAAAUCAUUUUCUUCGCCAUGUCCACUUCCGGUGUGGUCGUCGUCGUCUAGCGGUGGCCGCUUUCUUCCGUGUCGUACACCCGCCGCCGCCGGUCAUGUCUUCGCCAUCCUCGUCGUCGCCGUACUACUACGGACACCACGGCGGCGGCGGAGGCGGCGGUGGCGGCGUUGGCGCGACCAACGCCGCCGGGGGCCUGUCCGACAGCGGCACGCAACUGCAGUGCUGUUCGCCGCCGCCGCAGCCGCCGGCCUCGGCCGGAUCCAACGGAGCCCUGAGAAAAGCCCAAAUCGAGAUCAUACCGUGCAAGGUGUGCGGCGACAAGUCAAGCGGUGUGCACUACGGCGUGAUCACCUGCGAGGGGUGCAAAGGGUUCUUCAGGCGGUCCCAGUCGUCCGUGGUGAACUACCAGUGCCCGAGGAACAAAAACUGCGUGGUCGACCGGGUCAACCGGAACCGAUGCCAGUACUGCCGGCUACAGAAAUGCCUUCGCCUGGGCAUGUCCAGAGACGCCGUCAAAUUCGGACGCAUGUCUAAGAAACAAAGAGAAAAAGUGGAGGACGAGGUGCGGUUCCAUAUGCAAUCCUCGGCGGCUGCAGCCGCGGCCGCAGCGGCGGCCGUGUCGGUGGCCGCAGCCGACUGUUGUUCGACGACCACGCUGGGUGGCGGCGGCGGCGGUGGUGGCGGUACGGCCGCCGUGGCCGCCGACUCGUCCGUGUUCGACCACGAUCAACAGCAGCAGCAGCAACCGUCGCAGAUGCCGUCCAGCACGGCCGACCACGGUGGUGGCCUGGCCGGCCACAUGCAGCACCAUCAUCAGCAACACCACCACACGCAUCUCACUCAGCAUCAACACCAGCACCACCAACAGCAACAGCACCAUCUCAGUCUCAACCAGUUCAACGGUACCGGCAACGUGGCGUACGCCGCGGCCGCCGCUGCCGCAGCCGCAGCCGCCGCGGCGGCAGCCGUCAACGGAGGCACCGGAGGAUCGGCCGGCGGAACUGGAGGAUAUAACGGAUACAACGGCGGCAACGCGGCCGGCGUCAACAACAGCGCCGCGGCAGCCGCCCUGGUGGACACAUUCAACGCGUACGCGGCAGCGGCGGCCACGUCGACGGCCGCCGCGGCCAACGGCGGCGGUGGCGGCAACGUGCCACCGCCGUACGACACGAGCGGCAGCAACUACGUGGCCGACAGCACUACCCCGGCGGCGGGCGGUGGUUCCGCGUCCAGCACGACCCCAUCGUCGGCCACGUCCACGUACGGCGACCCCUUGGUGGGCGGUGGCAGCAUGGAAGUGUCUUCGGUGGCCGCGGCCGGCGCCGGGCCACCGGAAGCCGGUAUGAUCGCCAACAACGCUGGCGUCUCGGCGUCCGUCACUGUCACUUCCGACGCCGUGCAGAUCAGCGAAUUGCUGAGCAAAACCAUAGCCGAUGCCCAUGCCCGCACGUGUUUCUACACACUGGACCAGAUCCACGACGGCAUGUACCGCACUGCCAUGGCAAUGGCCAACAACAAGAACGCCGGCGGCAACAAUGCUAACGACAAGUUACACUUCUACAAGACAAUGGCCCACGAAGAAUUGUGGUUGGAAUGCGCACAGAAACUGACGGCGGUCAUCCAGCAGAUAAUCGAGUUCGCCAAGAUGGUGCCGGGCUUCAUGAAGCUGUCGCAAGACGACCAGAUCGUUUUGCUCAAAGCAGGAAGCUUCGAGUUGGCCGUGCUGAGGAUGUCCAGACACUACGACCUGCACAGGGACUGCGUUUACUAUUCCGACGCUUUGCUGCCGGCCGACGCUUUCUACACACAAGACCCGAUCGAAACGCGUUUGGUGUCGUUGGCGUUCGAAGUAAGCCGAGCCGUCGCCUCUCUGAAACUCACCGAAACCGAACUGGCUCUCUACUCGGCCGUGGUCCUGUUGUCGCCUGACCGGCAAGGCCUGAAAGGCGUCAUGGAAAUCACCCGGCUCCGGCAAGCUAUACUCAGAGCUCUGCGAAUGGAGCUCGACCACAGGACCAACAACAACAACGUGGGACCCGGCGGUGAACAGCAGCCCCAACAUCUGCACAACCCACAGAAUCAAGUUUGCGAAGCUCUCGUACAGAAGAUACCGUCGUUGAGACAACUGGGACAACUGCACAUGGAAGCGUUGGCCAAACUCAAGCGAUCGGCCCCGCAUUUGGAGUUCCCGGCUUUGCACAAAGAGCUGUUUUCCGUGGACAGUUAAACGACCGAGAGACGAGACGAUUGAAAAAAAAAACCAACAAAAUAAUAAUAACAAUAACGAUCGCCGUUAAUGUUAUUAUCAUUUUAUAUAGUCUCCCAAGCGCAAUAUCUUAGACGUUUAUGUAGACAAACGGUGUACACAAAAAAUCUAUCUUAUCUAGUUUAUAAAUGUUUAACAUUAAAAAAAUAUCAUAAGGCGCGUGUGCUCGCGUGUCUGGACGUGUGUGUGUGUGUGUCUGUAAUUAGGUAAACUUAGUCUUUACAAUAUAUUAUAGUAUAUGCCUACACAUAGUGCACAAUACGCUUUGUUGUUUUUUAUUAAAAUAAUAAUAAUAAAAAGUACAACACACACAUGACACACGUGCACGCCCACACACGCAAACUCACUCAUUCACGCGUUUAGCUUUAGGGGGAAAAAAAGUAUAUUAAAAAAAAAAAAUUACAAAAUAAUUUAACUAUAAUAAUUUUUUUUUAUGAUAACAUAUUAUUAUUAAUGUUCGUGUACGGACGACGCGAUCGGUAUCGACACAGUCGUUCAUAGAUAGAGAUGCGCGUUUAGGCAACGCCGAUUUGUGUAAUAAUUAUAAAACAAUAAUAUUAUAUUAUAUAUUGUAUAUAUAUAUAUAUAGAAAGAUAGUUCGGGCGCGACGGUUUUGUUUGUUUGUUAUUUUUACAGAAGAAUGAGUAAAAUGAAAUGGAAAAAAAAAAAUUUGCAUAGAAUGUUAUCAUAUAAACGAUGAUAGUGUAAGAUGAUUUUUUUGCUCGUCGGUUUGUUUGAACGGUUUGGACGGUGAAAAAAAAAACAAACGUCUUGACUAAAAGGUUUUUUUUUCAUUUAUUUUUGUUUUUUGAAAGGUUUUUUUUUGUGUGUAUGUAUGUGAGUGUGUGUGUAUUUGUUUUAUUAUAAUAUUUUAUUAUCUAAUAUAUUAUAAUAUAUUAACGUCGUUGUUGUUGUUGUUAAAAAAAAAAAUUGUUGUUUUGCGCCCGUUACAUUUUUAAUUUUUUUUUUGUCUUUAGUCCGUACGCCUAUUUUUCGUGUAUAAAAAUAUAAUAUAAUAAAAUAAUUAUUAGAAAAUAUGAUUAGGUAAAUUUUUUUAGCGUAAAAAAUAUAUUAUAACAUAGUAAUAUAUAUAUAUAUACAUAGGUAAUAUAAACGAGCGUCUUUAUAUUAUUAUCUAUUAUCAUUAUUUUAAUAUUAAAAAAUAAGAAUACAUUUUUUUAGUUUCUUUAAAUUAUUAUUAUUAUUAAUGUUAUAAUCGUUGUAAAACCUGCACGUUUCUCUUUUAUUUUGUAAAUAAUAUUAUUAUUAUGUACACAAUAUAGUAAAUAUGACAAACAUAUAUAUAAUAUAUAUAUUUAAAAAAAAUAUACUCACAGGUCGUGUAUGGCGAUGAUCCAAUAGAUUUUUUUAUAUUAUAAUAUUACAAAAUUGGAAAAAUGUGUGUGAAUCUGUCGGAUCGUCGCGGUACACCCUCCUACUGCCUAUUUGGCGCCAAUAGAUAUAAAAAAUAAUAAUAAUAAUAAUUUAAAAAAUAACGUUAACAAACGUCGGAUGUAAUUAUAUAUAUAUUUAAAAAAAAACGUGAUCUUUAAUACCUAACACUAGUAUGAUAAUUUUGAAACCAGAUCGGAUAAAUAAAUUCAAAAAAAUAAAGUUUGUUAUGAUUGUCUUUUGUUUGGAUGGAAAAAGAGGUCGUACUAAAAUCGUUUUGUUUGUCAUUGUGUGUGUUUUUUUUUCGGUUAUGUGCAAUAUGUCAACUUUGAAAAUAACCUUCGAGGAAACAAAAUGUAUAAAAUGUAUUUUUCUUCUUCUGAAGGAUAAGGCAGAACGAGUAGAGAGGAGGAUGGAGAAUAAUUGUUAAAGUAAAAAAGUAUAUAUCUAAAAAUAAUAAUUCGAUACUAUCAAAACGGUUCUAGGUACGAUUUUCUAUUCUGGGUCACCUUAAAAAAACACACACAUAAGAAAAACAAAAUUAAUUUCACCAAAAAACGUUUAAAGCGUAGACCAAACAUUUUGUCUAAAACAAUAUUUCAGAAAAAAAAAAUUACAAUAAUAUAGUCGAGACCGUUUGUUGUAUGUAACAUUUAUAGAUACAUUAUAUAUAUUGUAUAGAUGUGCAAAUAUAAAUUGUAGCCCAACACUUGAGUUAUUUGAUUUUUGUAAUGUUGUGAAAAAAGAAAAAAAUUAAAUGUAAUAAAUAAAAUUUAAAAAACAAAGCCCGUCUAAUAAUAAAUAACAAAUUAAAACACUAUUUCAUAAACAUAAUAAAUUAUAUUAUCAUAAAAAUAUUAUGGUUGUAGAAAUUUGUAUACAACACAACAGCUGUUUUUCUAUGAGGAAAUUACUUUUAAUUUUUUUUAGAAUUUUUUUUUUUAAUGAAAAAAGUCUCGAGUACCUAAUAUAUAUAUAAUAUGUUAUAUAUGUAUAUUAUAUGUAUGUGUGUGUGUGUUGUGUAUAUGAUAAUAUGUGUGUGUGACUUUUUUUUUCUAAAAUAAUACCUAGUAAAAUAACGUGUUUUUUUUUUUUAAUAUUGUUAGUAAUACUUAAAAUGUAAUAAUAAUAUAUUAUAUUGUAAGAGUAUACAUAUAAUAAUAUAUAUUAUAUUAUUUUAUAUUUACUAUAAUAUAAUAAUUGUGUGUAUACAAAAAAAAAAAAAUUGUU